AAGUCGUUUAAGCCGGCGUCGAGUGAACAAUGCGUGUGACAGGGCAGCAGUACCAUUAUUGGCUUAAACGAGGACGGUAAAAGUUAAUAAAGCGCUCGUUGUGGAGUACAUCGGAUACACCGGAGUCAUAAAGAGGGACUCCUCUGCGAACUUUAAAUAUGAAUCUCUUACGCGGAUGUGUAGUAAAAGCUUGGGAUAUUUUAUUUCCAGUUUCUAUUUUUUACUUUGUCGCAGUUAGUUUGGACAAUACGCAGGCGCGUGUAUUACCAUUCGUGUGGAGCCAAACAAAUAUACACGAUUCAAACGCAAACACGGAUGUUUUCAAUCGUGUUGGAGGUAACAAAGGAGAUGCGCAAAAGUUCGGUUACAUCCAAUUUGUUCCAAACGGUACCUUGAUCCUACGAAGUACCAUGAAUAAUGGCACCAACUUGCAGAAUCUCUUGCUAUUCAAAUCUGUACUCGGUGCCAUGAAAAUAUAUCCUCAGCUGGGCGUCGCCAACAGUAAAUGGAACAUCAAAAUCUAUGGCGAGGGUAUUGAACAUAAAUUUCCACCAUUUCUGGAACGCAUUAUUCAGCGCAUUCAAACAUAUUUUUCUGUUUAUAAAUACACGGACACCAGUGCACUGGAAAAUCCCGCAGUGUCCAUAGAAAAUACAAAUCUACAAGACAGCAACAUUGUGACCGCAGCAACUUGCGCACCAUCAGUGAAUCGAUUAGAAGAGGUUGAGAAUAAUCGCACUGGAAGUAUAUUUUCUGGUGAUGAGAGUGAUUUAGAGCAGUCUCUUACCAUUUUAGGAGUUGAACCAACAACGAAUGAAGAAAAUGACGAUGAGUACACCGAGUUUAUAGCGAUAAGCGACCACGAUGACGAUUUUAUCGUUGUGGGAGAGGACUGAGUGUCGUAUAUACCUAAGAAGUGAAUUUUCAAUUAUAAUUAUUAAACUAAAUAGAACGUUUUGGAAAACGGGAUUAGAUGUUGACUUUGUAAGUUUGUUCAACACUUAGAGCCGCAUAACGUUUUAUAAUGAAUCAACCUGUGUGAUUAUGGUGUAUCGAAAGCAGUAGAGAAAAUACUCCGUUGUCAGUUUCUGGACUGUGAACACUGCCUGCAAAAUCAAUUUAGUAUGCAGCAAGAGUAUUUGAAUAUAAUUUAAAUGUGAAAAUAAAUGUUCGUUGUACUGGAGCUUGCUCUACAUACCAA